CACAGCACGUCUUGCCAUCACUACGCACUCAUCACACAAAGCGGAUUUUUAAACUUGCAUCCACCAUGAUCAAGAAGAUGUCACUCUCCGAGAACGAAUUCAACAUCCCGGCCAAGAACUGCCGCAGGAUGGUCAUUUUGGGCUCCACCAAGGUGGGCAAGACGGCCAUCAUCUCGCGCUUUCUGAACUCGCGUGUGGACGAGCAGUACACGCCGACCAUCGAGGACUUCCAUAGGAAGUUCUACAGCAUCCGCGGGAGCGUUUACCAGCUGGACAUUUUGGACACGUCCGGGAAUCAUCCUUUCCCAGCAAUAAGGAGGCUCUCCAUACUCACAGGCGACGUGUUCAUUUUGGUGUUCAGCCUGGACAACCGAGACUCCUUCCAGGAGGUGCAGCGCCUCAAGCGUCAAAUCUACGAGACUAAAUCGUGCCUGAGAAACAAGACCAAGGAGAGCGCCGACGUGCCGCUGGUCAUCUGCGGCAACAAGUGUGACCGCGAGUUCCAUCGCGAGGUGCAGGACGAGGAAAUUGAGCAGCUGGUCGGCAGCGAUCAGGACCGCUGCUGCGCAUACUUUGAAAUCUCGGCUAAGAAGAACACCAAUGUGGACCAAAUGUUCCAGACGCUCUUCGCCAUGGCCAAGCUACCGGACGAGAUGAGCCCCGACCGCCACUGCAAAGUGUCGCUGCAAUCGUGCGAGCUGCUGCAUCGCAAGUCCUUCCGCGCCAAGAAGUGCAAGGACGCCUACGGCAUCGUGGCGCCGUUCGCGCGUCGGCCCAGCGUCCACAGUGACUUGAUGUACAUCAAGGAGAAGGCAGUGGGAGGAGGGCAGGCUAAGGAGAAGGGCUGCGUUAUUUGCUGACCCCCCAAGGGGGGGGAAACAAAAGACUUUUGGACUCUAAAGAUUAAGCCAUGCGACUGUGGACACGCACUCGAUGCAGUUGCCUUGAAAUCGCCCUGGACUUGUUUACAUCCCCCACUGAACUUGAAUGUUUGUUACAUUACGAACAAAUCUGAAUGUCUAUUUAUG